AUGGCGAGCUGGCGCUGGCGACUGGCCCUCGGUGCGGCAGCCUCCCGGCCACCGCGCCCUCGGCGCUCAACCACCGGCGCGACCGGCGCCACUCAACCCACCGGCGCGAGUCCCUUGGCGCGGCAGGCCACCGGCGAGCUGGCGAGGCAGCAGGCUCCACGCGCGCAGCAUCUAGGGGGCAGCAUCAACUCGUGGCGGCGGCUCUCUAGGACCUGCCUACGGCGCUCGUCAGCCGCCGAUAGCGACGUCCAACCAGAAUUUGACUUUGAGCUCAAGAUGGAUGAUGGCCACCAUGUGUUCGAUGGAAUAGAGGAGAGACAGCCGUGCAGCGCGGGCGGCGAGGCAGCAUGCCGCGGAUCCGAUACAGUGGCGAUGUGGGCAGCACAAGGCCUCUCGGAUGCGAUACGCCCGGCAAGAGAUGGCCUAUGCAGGUUCAUCAGAGUUCCAAAGUUUGUUGUUCUUCAUCAGGUUUGA